AUGGAUAGAGCCUGGGGAAGAGUCCCCGUCUUGCCUACACUGCAGAUACGUUCCCGUUCUUAUGAACAAGUUUACAGCUGUGCCUGCCUAGACCGAGUCUGUGCCGGCGGCAAUGCCAGCUCUUGCUUGCAACACAAGGCCUGUGUCAUGCUACAGAAACGUUGCAUUGGGUUACUGCUGCAAGCCACUCCCUGGCAGGACUCUGCUGGACUGGAUUGGGUCCAGAUCCUCUCUUUCACCCAUGGCCCCAGGCCCACGGAAAGGAGCAAGAGCCUCCCACCCUUCAUUAGGUGGGAAGGAUCUAGGAGGCUUAGUCCCUAUAACAACCUGGCCAAGCCGCUCAGCUCUAGUGGUCCAAGAGUACACAAGUAUGGUGUUGGACGCAUUGCUGGAUUCUUGGCCAUUGGCACAGAGCCCAGCAGAUCUGGGACCGAGCUGUCACUGCAGAAGGAACAGCUGCAGCUGAAAAUCAUUGAGAUUGAAGAUGAGGCUGAGAAGUGGCAGAAGGAGAAGGACCGGAUCAAGAGCUUUACCACCAAUGAGAAGGCUAUCCUGGAGCAGAAUUUCAGGGACCUGGUGAGGGACCUGGAGAAGCAAAAGGAGGAAGUGAGAGCCGCGCUGGAGCAGCGGGAGCAGGAUGCUGUGGACCAAGUGAAAGUGAUCGUGGAUGCUUUGGAUGAGAGGGCCAAGGUGCUGCAUGAUGACAAGCAGACCCGGGAGCAGCUGCACAGCAUCAGUGACUCGGUGCUGUUUCUGCAGGAAUUUGGUGCACUGAUGAGCAAUUACUCCCUUCCCCCACCUCUGCCCACCUACCAUGUCCUGCUGGAGGGAGAGGGUCUGGGACAGUCACUUGGCAACUUCAAGGAUGACCUGCUCAAUGUGUGCAUGCGCCAUGUUGAGAAGAUGUGCAAGGCCGAUUUGAGCCGCAACUUCAUUGAGAGGAACCAUAUGGAGAAUGGUGGUGACCAUCGCUACAUGAACAGCUACACAAGCAGCUAUGGGAAUGAGUGGAGCACGCCCGACACCAUGAAGAGAUACUCCAUGUACCUCACACCCAAGGGUGGGGGCCGGACAUCUUACCAGCCAUCAUCGCCCAGCCGCCUUUCCAAGGAGACCAGCCAGAAGAAUUUCAACAAUCUGUAUGGUACAAAAGGUAACUAUACCUCCAGAGUCUGGGAGUACUCAUCCACUGUUCAGAACUCUGAGGACCUGCCCACUGUGCAAGGCAACUCCUCCUUCUCCCUGAAAGGCUAUCCUUCCAUCCUCCGGAGCCAGGCUUCCAAGGCCCAGCCUCAGACUUGGAAAUCUGGCAAGCAGACUUUGCUGUCUCACUACCGGCCGUUCUACGUCAACAAAGGCAGCGGGAUGGGAUCCAACGAGGCCCCCUGA